AAAAAAAAAAAAAGAUGCGACGACCACAAUUUCGGACGGCAUUGCCAAAAGCGCCGAGAAAGCUUUUCCGCCAGAACUAACACAGCCCCUCGCGCCUGCACUCCCUCCAUUCGGGGAAUUGUCUAGGCAUGGCUAGAUUUCGGGAUUCCAAGGGGCCGUCCCUCCCAUUAAGCCUUUUGCAGGAAAUUGGUGAAGACAACAAUGGCGACACUCACCGAAGAUCUCGACCCCAGCGUGGACCGAGGAACAACCACCGCAGGGCGGAGAAUGGCGCAAGGAGAACGGCCGGGUCGCGACCAGCGAGGAGGAACGACAGCAACGACGAAGAUGAGCCACGACGCGGGACCAGACCAACAAAAGCACUCAAGGAGGAGCCGAAAAAGGCAGCGCCCAUAACGAAGCGGAAGCGAGAGCCCGAAGUCGACGAGAGCGAGGAAGAAGAGGAGGACGAGCCCGGCAGCGAGGAUUGGGACGGCGACGACGCUUUCGACGAGGACGGCGGCGACGAAGACGAGCCCACAGUGUCCAAGAAAGUGCGCGAGAAGCUCGCGCAGGAGGACAAGGAAAUCGCCGAUCUCGAGAGGAAGCUGGGCCUGAAGGGGAAGAAGGGCCUGCCAAAGUCGUUCAAGGACGAUGGGCUGGGUGACCUGCUGGAGGACCUGGGCUCUGACGAUUCUGACGAGGAGAAGCAUGAGAGCAGAAAGAGGAAGGCAGAGGCGGACGAGUGGCUGGCCCAGAAGCGCCGCAAAGCUGCUGUUGCCCAGGCCAGUCAGGGCCGUGGCGACUCGGACCAGUCUAGCGAUGACGAAGGGGAUUUCGGCCUGGACAUGAGUGACGACGGCGAUGACGACGAUGGCAGCGACGACGGGGAUGAAGACGGCUUUGAGGGAUUCGACUCGGAGCCAGAAACAGCGCCGCCGCCACAGCCGAAGCGGGAGAAUCCCUACGUGGCGCCGACAACAGGGGGAACGGUGGCCAAAUACGUGCCCCCCUCGAUGAGGGCGCAGACAGGAUCCGACGCCGAGUUGACAUGGAGGAUACGGAGGCAGACUCAGGGUCUGGUAAACAGGCUGACAGACGCCAACCUUGUCUCGAUCCUGGGCGAGAUUGAGAAGCUGUACCGGGAGCACCCGAGACAGCACGUCACGUCGAUCCUGUCCGAUCUGAUACUAGUGCAGGUCUGCGACCCCUCCAGCCUCCCGGACACCCUGCUCAUCCUCAGCGCUGGUUUCGCUGCGGCCGCCUACAAGGUCAUCGGCAUGGACUUUGGCGCAUAUCUGGUGCAGAGCACAGUGGAGAGGUUCAAGGCGCACUACGAGAACGCCGUCGGCCGUGCCCGGGAUCAGCUGGAGCCCACCAAGGAGGCGUCCAACAUCAUGACGUUUCUGGCGCAGAUGUACAACUUCCAGAUGAUCGGCUGCACCUUGAUCUUCGACCACAUCCGCAUGCUCCUCAGCGAGCUCUCGGAGCUCAACGCCGAGCUUCUCCUCCGAAUCAUCCGCAUGUGUGGAACGGCGCUGCGUCAAGAUGACCCGAUGGCGCUAAAGGACAUCGUCGCCAUGAUCCGCCCGGCCAUGGAGCGGACGGGGGAACAGAACAUGUCUGUGCGGACAAAGUUUAUGAUCGAGACCAUCAACGACCUGAAAAACAACAAGAUGAAGGCCGGUGCGGUUGCCUCGGCUGUCGUCGCCGAGCACACUACACGAAUGAGGAGGCUGCUUGGCUCGUUGAGCUCCAGGAAGCUCAAGGCAACAGAGCCACUACGUAUGGGAUUGAAAGACAUCGAGGAGUCAGACAAGAGGGGCAAGUGGUGGCUCGUGGGCUCCAGCUGGGCCGGCGCCAACACGGUGAGCGGGCGGGCGGCGGGCGUCGGCACUGCCAAGGGUGGCGACCAAGACGGCGAGAGCGAAUCCGACGUGGACCUCGACAUCACAGGGGAGGGCGCAGCGCCGGACGUGACGGUGCUGGCCAGAGAGCAGAUGAUGAACACGGACGUGCGGCGGUCUAUAUUCGUGGCCAUCAUGUCGGCAACAGACUGCGAGGACGCGUACCACCGGCUGCUGAAGCUGCGGCUCAACAAGGAGCGGCAGCGCGAGAUAGCAAACGUGCUCGUCAAGUGCGCGGGGUCGGAGAAGCAGUACAACCCCUACUACGGACUGGUGGCCAGGCGGCUAUGCGCGGACCGGCGGGCACGGUGGGCGUUCCAGGACACGCUGUGGAAGCUCUUCCGGCGACUGGGCGAGUCCAUGUUUGGCGAGGCGGCCGAGGACGAGGACGAUGACGACGAGGCUGUGGACAUACGGCGCAUCGUCAACGUGGCCAAGCUAUACGGGUGGCUGCUGGCCGAGGGCGUCAUGGGCUUGGCAGUGCUCAAGUGCCUGAGCCUUGUGUACCUCAAGCCCAAGACCAGCAUGCUCAUCGAGGUGCUGCUGGUGACAGCCAUGCUGAACCAGCAGCAGCAGCAGCAGACAGACGACACGAUAGCCAAGAUGUUUACGAUGGCGGGCGAAGGAACCGAGGAUCUCGCGCGGGGCCUGCAGUACUUUGUCAGAAAGACGGUGCGCAAGUCGGACCUCGCGGGCAGCAAGGUAAACACCAAGCUGCUGCGGCGCAGAUGCAAGGUCGCCGAGCUGGCGCUGGAGAGAGGUCUGGUCGAGGGAGGGGAGGUGGCGGAAUGAUGAUAGUCUUGUAGAUACGUGCUGAUUCGCCGAGGCGCCACUGCCGGAACGGGUACAUAAAAAAAAGCGGCUACAGUCGCCUUGAACCGGAAGUGACGUCGGGAUCGCACGGGCGGAGUGCGGGUCGAUCGGAAGGAAGCAGGGGCGAUUUACCCAUGGUUAACAAAUUUGGCGCCACAUUUGUCAGGCACCCAUUUUGCUUUCCCCAACGGCGGAAAGCCUUGUCCCAAAAAAAAAAUACGCCCUGGCCCGCAAGGAAGCUCUCCUUGAGCCGCCCACUGACAAAAGCCCGCGCAAAGAAGU